UGAGCUGACCAACAACAGACAGGUCCUGAAACUGAAGACAUGCGAUAUGGGAUGAUAAGUCAUUGGUCUAGUUUUUCCACUGCUAAGAAAAAUAUAUUUCCAACUGAAAUGUAGGAUGCCUUCAAUAAGCAGUUUGUGUUUGUAAAACAAACCAAAUCUUUUCAUACUUCAUCUUAUUCUCUAUAUUUUAGAAUAGUAAUACUGAGGAGCGUGACAGGACUUGACAGGAAAAUGAUUGACUGAGGCAGCAGACUCAGUUUAAUAGCGCAGUUUAUUGCAAUCCAAGCUCUUAGUUAGCAUAAUACUCUAUAUCAAUAAACAAAUAUCUGUUCGCGUUCUAGCUGACGUUCAUUGAGAGUUUGUCGAACUAUACAAUUGUAGCAGCUCUAACUGCAGCUUUAAUACUCUUACCUGUCCUCGGUUUAUUAAAGCUUUCUUUAGAGCAACAGUAUCUGUGGCACAGGAUUUAAAUCAAAACUGUUUCCAAAAUCCAAGAGUUUAGAAAUAAACAUUUGUGCAAGAACAAUAGUAUUGUAACCUGCCAGCACCCCCGCUGGUGUAAUCGUGGAACUGAAUUAGGGACCCAUCAGUUCCCGUGGUGGUUUUACAUUAUUGGCAUGCGCCAGUGUGUAUGUCCCGGCUAUAGAAGGUGGCUUAUGCCUGGAGCAAAUUACGGGUAUGAUUGACAGCUAAGGGUAUUUAUUUUUAAUUUUUUUUUUUUUUUUUUUUUACAUGCUUUGUGGACUGAUUAAUUGUUUUAUCGCACAACGUACAAAAGUAUUGCAGAAAUGUAUUGAUGCAAGCUGAAAGUUUAACAAGAAACUAGCUGCACGAAAAAAAAAAGUGAGCUUUUAUUUUGUCAGAAUAAAUAUAGAGUUGCCUUCUGAUUGUAUCUAGUUGCGCACGUGGAAGAGUUAUAUGAUAAACAUUAUAAUUAAAACGGGAACACCUUUUGACGAGCAAGAAGCGUCAGCGAUUACAGAUGAUCUGCAGACCAAUAGUUUUCUGGUUUGUGCAUCUAAGCGGAGAACCAGAGAAGCACACAGCCCUGCCUGCGAUAGAAACAGUAUCUAUUUGGAAAAGAAUCUGAAACUGCCAGACCUUGACAUUGCUUAAGUGAGAAAAUAUUUAGGCUGCAUAUGUUCUAGUCAGAUGCGGCUCAUUUGCGUUGUCUUUUUCGUUGAAUAGGGGAGUGUGUGUUAAUCUGCAUAUCUAGAUAUAUGCGUUUUUUAAUUUUAGAUGCUUCGCAAGCUGUGAAGAUCAUCCAACAAUUUCUGCAGAAAUGAUGACCCGGUACACGUGGCUGUUCCUGACAUAUUUGGCUUAUACUUUCCAAAAAUCGGAGGGUCUUUUUAACGACACUUUCUUUAAAGCGACUUAUGAAGCAGCAAUCAAUAGGUCCAGAUCCUUUACUUUAGACAAUAAUACACUAGCUGACUGGCAAAUCUUGUUAGGAAAAAGAAAAUUUGAAGCGGAGUCUCAAAACCCUACAAUUAAAGCCUUGCUAAUUGUUGCAUAUUCCUUCAUUAUUGUGAUAUCUCUUUUUGGAAAUAUUCUUGUCUGCCAUGUCGUGAUAAAGAACAAAAGGAUGCAUUCUGCCACUAGUUUAUUCAUUGUGAAUCUUGCUAUAGCAGAUAUAUUAAUAACGAUUUUGAAUACCCCUUUUACUUUGGUUCGUUUUGUGCACAGUACCUGGGUGUUUGGAAAGAUUAUGUGUCACAUCAGUAGGUUUGUCCAGUAUUGCUCACUGCAUGUCUCUACACUGACACUGACUGCAAUCGCUUUGGAUAGACAUCAGGUAAUUUUGCACCCUUUAAAGCCCAGAAUGUCAACUGCACGGGGAGUGGCCUGCAUCGCUUUCAUCUGGAUCAUGGCCAGCUGUUUUUCCUUGCCACAUGCCAUUUAUCAAAAGCUCUUCACGUUUUCUUACAGCAAGGAUACUCUCCGAAGCCUAUGUGUCCACGAUUUCCCCGAUCCAGCACAUCUCUACUGGAAAUACAUAGACUUGGCAACAUUGAUUUUGCUGUACGUUUUGCCACUCUUGAUAAUUUCAGUUGCCUAUACUAUUGUGGCCAAGAGGCUCUGGCGGCGCAACGCCAUAGGUGACGUCACAACUGAACAGUAUUUCGCCCACAAAAGAAAAAAGAAGACCACCAUUAAAAUGCUCAUGAUGGUCGUUGUGGUCUUUGCCGUGUGCUGGUUCCCCUUAAACUGUUAUGUCGUCCUGAUAUCGAGCCAAACAAUUCGCAGCAGCCACGCGCUCUAUUUCACGUUUCAUUGGUUUGCCAUGAGCAGCACGUGCUACAACCCGUUUAUUUACUGCUGGCUAAACGAAAAAUUUAGGUCGGAGCUGAAGUACUUGAUGAACAUUUGCAAAAAGAAGCAGCGGGUGGAGGAGCAUAUGCUCCCGUCGACAGACCCCGGUCACAGAUCCGCCUGGCCAGAGAGCAACAGGAACUAUAAUAGGGCUAAGGCGUCCCACAGCCUCAGGUCAACCAGCAACAUCCAAUCAUUAAAGACAGAUAUCUCAGCAGUAGAGCCCAUUGUAGCAGUUACCUAGUUUGAUUCUUAAUAAGGUGCUGGGGCAGGUGAAAAAAUGCACACAGGAUUCCCAAAUAUUAACUGGGAGACAGAACUAUUUAGGUAUAACUAAUACCAUAGAGGUCAUGGGACAUAAAUAUUAAUAUAGGGCAGGAGUGUCAAACUCAGUUCCUGGGGGCCACAGUGUGUU